AUGAUUCCGAAUCAAGCUAACUGCAACAGGAAUUCCAAAACUAUUAUGAAUGAUUCAAAUAGAGAUGAAGCAGUUGGCGGUUCGACAGAUGAUCUUUAUCCCUAUUAUUUUCGUGGAAUUGUUGUUGUUGGAUUUGGUCGCGGUGGUCGAAAGCUAGGUUGUCCUACUGCAAAUAUGGAUGACAAUGUCAUUUUAUGCCUACCUCCUCAUUUUCCAUGUGGCGUCUUUUAUGGGUUUGCAAAUGUCAACCGUGGUGAAGUAUAUGGAAUGGUAACUAGCAUCGGAUGGAAUCCACACUUCAAAAAUGAACGGAAAACAAUUGAAGUCCAUAUACUUCAUGAUUUCCAGGAAGAUUUCUAUGGUGCCGAAGUCCGUGCUGUUUUAGUUGGUUUUUUGCGUCCUAUGGUUGCAUUUAAUUCUUUGGAUGAGCUAAAAACAGCCAUAAAUAAUGAUGUGGCACUGGCAGAGAGUUUGUUAUCAGCUCCCGAAAUGAUGGUCUACAAAAAAUCAAAUUUCUUUUCGCAGUGA